AUGCUGAUUAUCCUAGCACUUAUCAGUGGUAUCGGCUGUGCAUCAUCUGACCAUGAUGAAGAUGGAGAGCAUGAGGCAAACGGUGAACAGACGGGGCACCUGCCAAGUCAUGAAGAGGGAGACGGCGAAGGAGAGGAGUCUGGGCAAGAGUUUGCCAAAGACCAAACUUAUGACCAAGUGCGAAACGGUGCACGGUUAAAACUCGUCUAUGAUGCGGCAACGAAUGCCUUCGUUGGAACGGUAGAAAAUACGACAAACCAAACCUUAUCUAAAGUGCGCGUUGAGGUUCACCUAUCUAACGGAAUAGAACUAGGACCUACGACACCGACCGACCUUACCUCCGGUCAACAGAUAAACGUUGAACUUAGUGCGGCAGGACAGGACUUUAAUAAAUGGUCUGCCCAUCCAGAGGUUGGCUCCAGUGAACACGGCGGCGGGGAGGGACACGACGAGGAUGGUGACCAUGACUGA